GCACCGUUUUGGAAGAACCUGGAAGUAUACUGACCCGAUGCAUUCGCCUUCCCAUAGUUCUUCCCCUGGCUUGGGCGGCACAGUACUGUCGAGCCGGUGGAGGAACGGCGAGGGAACGAACAAAAGCUGAGCCACCUUGGACGAGUUUUCUUUCUCAUCAAAAUGGGUUAUUUUGCUUCUCCUCUAUCCUAUUUUUAUCUUCUUUUUCUCGCUCUUCUUUCUCUCGGUCUGUGCUGAUGUUGAUGGGUUUCCGUGUUUCUGAAUUGUGUUCGAUGGCAGAGGACGGUGAACGAGGUGAGGAAGAACAGCUGGAGGUGGAGGUGAAGGAAGGAAUAGCAUCAAUAGCUUUGUUGCCAUGUGGGUCAAUCUCUGGACACUUCAUUCAGCUUCCUGGGUCCAUUUGCUAUGGCCUUCACGGCACUGAGGUAGCUUGUGAAAGGGAGUGCAGCAGGGGUGAGGAUUAUCGCCUGAUCAAGCUUACCAUCAUUGACUAUAAUAGCAAGAAAGAGCAAGAUGUCAUGGUUGAAUGUAGAGGUCAUGAUGCUGCUCGGUUAUCUAACAUCGACCAUGCUCAUGGGUGGGGAAAAGAUGUUGCUGGCAUGGUAGAAGAUAAACAUGGCAAAGAAAGCAAAGUGUCAGUUUCAUUCGAGUGUGAGACCCUGAAAGCUGAUGAAGCAGCUGCAGACCAUAUUAGGCAGUUCAUGCCCAAAUUAUCUGGCCAAGCAGAUGUUGUAGUUAAUAUUGGGAGGAUGAGCAUUUCCGGGUUGAAUUUUGGAGCAGAAGAGUAGAUUAGAUGCCCGCCCCUGAGGUUGUGUAGAUAUCCCCUGGGGCAAGAAGAACUCCAGCUGAUUGUUAACAAAUCAGCUUUGUGUGUGUUUCAAAUUGAAAAUUUCAUAGCCUCCUAUCCAUGUAGUGAAAACAAAUUGGAGUGGUGUAUUUGUUGAGCAUCAGAUGAUCGGGAUGUGAUCUGUAAAAAUGAAGGUUGAGGAACUUGUUGAUUGAUGCAAAGUACAGGUCCUGAAGGUCGAGCAGAGACGGAGCAGAGACGAAGAUAGAGUCGGAUCGCAUUAUUAGGAGGAUAUUUAUAGGGUAAAGGGCUUUGACAGCUUUUGACGUAAUAAUGUGGCCAUUGAGACAUGAAACAAGCUCGGAAGGUGAUCAUUUAAUACAGACCGGUUUAAUCACACGCAGUUUUGGAUGAAUCGUUGCAGAUACACUUAUCUGCAAUUCUAACAAUAUGAUGUGUACAGACAAGUUACAACAUCACUUGUAAGUAAUACUACCACAACAAACAAGGAUGGUCAGUAACGCCUAUAAAAGGCCAAAUGCUUCAAACUUUCAGGCGAGAUGCAGCAGCAGCGGAGCAAGCUUUACAAUAGCAGUGGCAGAUAGAGAAAGCAUAUCAUUUUGGAUUCAUGUCCAUUGUCUCCAUUCAGUGAAUCGUCAUCCAUGCUGGGUUCCAAUCUAACUAUCACUCGAUCUCGGAUACCUCUUCCGACUCUGACAAGGGUAAGAGGGUACAUAUUCCCAACAUAUGACCAUUAAGGCACACAUAAUACUCAAUGCAAUCAUCAUAGGAACCCAAUCUGCAGCUUGCACUUGUUGGUACCAUCUUUGCUUGAAGCAUGUUCCAAAGCUUCGCCUUACAAUAUGGACACACAUGUGUAGGGUGCAGUGGGGCCCUUUUUUGUAUCAGCAUCUUCCUGACUCUUGACAUUGAGAAUGACUUGAAAAUCCCUCUAAAAAACCCUAUGUCCCCUUCAUCCCCUUGGUCUAGAUGCUCACAUGGGUCCGAAACAUAUAGAACAUCAGUUCUACAUUGAGGCAGAAGAAAGGAUUUCCCAGAAGUUCUAGAAAAGCGAGUCCUGUGAACAAAAUGGCCAGGUAUCUGAAUGUUAUUGAAUAGACCACCCCUGGUACAUCCUGAACAGUAGAUGAGCAACUUCCCAAGUGCCCUCCAGUUUCCAUCAACACUGUGACUUCCACUUGAUUGUAGAUCAACCAUCAUCUUUGGAGCCCUUGUCUUGCAGAACUCUUUCCACAAUACUCGCUUGGCAAGAUCAUCAAACCACUUGCACGAACAUGAUAGAGCAGCUAUCAACUUGGGGUUCCAGUUCAGCUGUUGAAAGACUAAAAAUAUAACGUCUUCACUUAGAUGCCCUUUUGUGCAUUGACAGCUUGACGAGUGUAUACAUCGGUAUUGCUUUGUUAGAAUCAUUGGAUGUACCU